GCGAUUACUAAUUCAUGAUUCGAUCCACAUUCUGCUCCGCGAUAGGUACAACCCUACGUCAAAUCCUCCAGCAAGUCUGGAGGUUCCCUCUCAUUGCUGGUCAGCGAGACCAUCGGACUUAGCCGAGAGGAACUCCUAAGCAAUUUCCAUCGACCAUCCCCACAUCUGCCACCGGUGGGACGCUCUCCAUACGCGAUAAUCAGCCCGCGCGAGGUAAAGGCCAAUGUUAAAUACUCUUAAUGUUCAAAAAUCAUUAGGCAUAGUGAAAUGAAAGCUCAUUUAAUAAACUUUGAAAUGAGCUAUCAAAUGUCGCGCUAGAUUUAUGGGUUAUAAAUCUACGAGCAUUUCAAUAAAAUAAAAUAAUGUGGAAUUCGGCUGUUAUUUUAAAUAGUGUUUAUUAAAAGAAAUACUAAAUAAAAAAUAGUUUUCUCAUGCGUUUAGGAGGCAUAACUAAUAUACCAAAAAUCAUAUAAUUAAGAAGAAUUCAAGGCCUCUGUUAAUGUCAAUUAGAUGAAUCUAUUUAAAGUAUGUUACAUUAAUGUGAUUCUUUAUUUUUUCGAUAAGAAAGGUAUGAGUAUGUUCAUAUGAAUUUAAAAAAAACAAAAAAAAACACUUAUAUAACGCAUUACAUAAAAAUCGUCAAUGCAACAUAUGAUCUAAAUAACUCGAUAGUGUAUUAUAGCUUUUCCAAAGUGGUGUUAGUUCUUAUCUACGCAUGUUCGGUUUAAGAAAGAAAUAGAUCUUCUAUUAUAGAAGAAUAAUAAGCAGUUUUCCUUGAGUAAAGAGAAAAAUAGUGUAAAAUGAAAUAGAAUAAUUUCUUUUAGCCCAACGACUAUUAAUUGAUUAAGUUUAUUCUUGAACUGGUCGUUUUUAACGUGAAGAUCUCAGCACCAAACAACGUCCCACAAGAUGAAAAGUAUUUUGAAGAGUUCAGUUAACACAAACUUUAAAGAUCUGUCUCCACCGUGUGAAACAGAAGAUGUCAAAGAAGAGACCGAAGACAGUGCAUAUGACCUGCACGAAAACGAAAGCUGGUCAAUUAUUGAAGAAGAAAAAAAAGGCCAUCGGCAAACAGAGAUGUAUAAUAUUAUCGAUAUUUUACGAUACUACGCCAAAUUAGGAAAUAAACGUAAAGUAAAUUAUUUCAAAACAAGAAAAAUUGAUGUUGCAGCAUAUAGAUUUAAAAGACCAACAAAUGCUCGUCCAACAGAACAAAGAACAUUAAAAACAAAUGAAAAUCUUCAUAAUGCCGAACUAGAAAUGGCAACAAUAACAGGCCUAAGGGAAAUGUACUUCAAAACACCUAAAAUUUUUAAGACAAUUGGAGAGAGUCCAACAGAAAAAGAACCAAAAGAUGAAAAGCUUCAAGAAAUAAAGUUGCCCACCAAACUUAUUCCUGAUAACAAAGUAUGCAAACGAUAUCUUAGUAAAUAUAAACAAAAACUACUGGAUAAAUUAUUUAUAAAAAUACCAAGGACGGGAGAUAUGAAAUCUAAACCAAAAUAUGACGAAAAAUAUGCUAAGAUUAAAAAAUCGAGAGACGCAAUUAGGAAUGGAUAUGUUGUGUCAGUGUUUAAUAUCGACGAUGAUGACCUUUUCACAGACAAAGAAUUGUAUAAAAUCCAUCGAAUGAAAGAUAAUAAACAUUCAUACGGUUCAUACGAUAAACACGGACAUACGAAAAACGUUAUGCAUUCCAAAGAAAUUUGGGAAUGGGAUGAAGUUGUUAAUAAUUUUCCGAAUUUCUCAGAAACAAAAAAAUCUUCUGAAACAUUGUUUUUGAGUCCUGUAAAAGGUAACACACCGAUUCCGAAACCAAAACCGGAACAACUUAUAAAGCAUUAUUUGGUCAAUUGGUUUAAACGAGAAUCUCCGACCGAGGAGGGAAAAGAUCCGCUCCAUAGGUUCCAAUUCCUUGGAAAUCGAUACCCAAGACACUACAAUUUUUUAACUAAAGAGAGCAGGCUGAAUGCAGCAAUCAAGUUCAUAAAAUUUGCUAAAGCUGUACAUCCUGAUUUGGAAUGUAUGAAGAUUUUAAGCGAGUUAGAGAGCUACAUCGGUCCUAUAACUCUUGAUGCAUUACAAGCAAAUACCACGACGAUGGGAACACAACUAAAAAGACCGAACAAACAACUUAGGUACUUUAGGAAGCUGCUUGAAGAGAUAAAGGAGUUAGGGAAUAUGUUUUCUAGCCCCGAAAAAACAACAGUUGAUUUAAAGGAUAAAAGUACAAAACCGGAUGAAAUAACUGAAGAACAUUUUAAAAAUUCCCUCCAGCAUAGCAAUAUGUCAUAUGUACACCAUAAAUAUGUUGAAAGUCGUUUACCAUCCCCUCUUAAUAAAAUGUUUAUUUCAAUGGCCCACAGUCUUGUGAAAUACAUGGUAGAUAUCAGUACUGAUCCGAAAGCUAAAAGGUACAAAAAAGAAAUAAGCAAACUUGUAACAAAACUUUUGCUGCUGGUAUUAGAAUCGAUGAAUUGGGUUAUAGAAACAAUCUUUAGGAUAGCUUCUCCCUCAGAUAUUUUAGAAGACAGCAAAACAGAAAAAGAAACGAUAAUGGAUGAUAUCGGAGAGGAUAGAACUCACGAGAUACCAACGGAUCGAAUUGAUCAAACAAUAAAAACAUUAAUGGUUUCUAUUUUAAAAUUCAUGAACUUUAACAGUCUGUUUUAUAAGGAUGGUCCUGAUACCAACUCAACAGAAUGUCAAUCACUUUCAUCUAUAAGCAACGAGAAAGAAAAAAACAGGUGAUCAAACUGAAAACAGGCAAAUGAUAUGAUGGAGUGAGGCUGGGCAAAGAUGGAAAAAAUAUUAUCAAUAGCGCUUUUUAAAACUAUUUAAAAUCAUAAGAUUGAUGAAACGUUGUUGGAAAGAUUAUUUAAUAUAACACCUAGAGCUUCUAAAUUUUUAAUCUAAAAUAUUUUUCGAUUAUUUCUUUUUUUAAAUAAUUUUAAUAUCAUGUAAUCUAGUGCUCGGAAAUGGUCUUUCAUGUGAGUUUUAGUUGGCAACCAAGAAUUACGAUCAGACCAUAUUAUAUUAAUUUAAUCCUACGAUACAAACUUACUCACCCACACACAUACAUACCCAAACAAAAAUAAAAUCAAGGCUUCAAAGUAAUUUUUAAUCAGUUUCGUUAAGAAUGGAAUAUCUAUUUUUAAUUUUUUCUCUGUUGUUUUAGAACUACAACUCUUACCGUCGUAGCUUUUCAAAUAAAAGUUUUAUAGAAGAAAAAUCUGGCGUAUGCAUCACACAACUUUUACUUACCGCUGUACUAUGAACAGAAAUUCUUGUCUGGUAAAUUUGGGCUAUUACAGUUUUUGAAGCAAAUUUUUAAUAGAGCUAAAUCCUAAAGAAUAUAUUAGUGAAUUUCGGUCAUUUUUGUCAAUGCAAAAACUCAAUACAAUCAUUAAAAUAACACAACCCGAGUUUAUUUUGUCCAUUUCAGACAAUAAAAACGUUAUAACUUUUAUCAGUCGAUGCGAAUCAAAUAACUUCAGUCUCUGAACUUUAUGUACAAAGAUAGAUUUGAAAUUACAUUACAUGGUAAAAAUUAUAGGAAUUAAAUCUCUAUCACUUUUUACGUUUUUUUUUACAUUAUUAUUUUUUUCUCUUGGAAAAUUUACCAAAAU